AAUUCUUACAGUCCAAGCGAAUCAUCAGAAUGGAUUUCAGACUCUUCAGUAGCAUGCAGAGGAACAUCUUCCAUGUCUCAGAGUAGAUUUGCAAGUGCAACAGUCUGUAUGCUGCUCGGUAGCGCAUCUUCAAUCUUUUCCACAGAUUCUUCACAUUGCUCAUCUGUCAUGGUCACGAAUGUGGCAUCAACAGGAUCUUCUCUUCUUACUGUCAUCGGAGCACACUACGGUAUUACCAGCUACUCUGCCAGGCUAACAGGGCUGACUGCAGCAGAAGCUAGUUCCUGGAUUGGUCACAGUAGUGCAGAAUCAUCAAAUUGGGUUUCUGAUACAUCCAUUCGAAGUCAGACCAGCCAAGGGAGUGGCAAAACCUCAAAUAUGUACAUUUCAAUCGCACAUGCCUCUGGAACUCUUUCUGAAUCAUUGUCUUUCGAGGCAAAUUCUAUUUCGUCC